ACUCAUCGUUGACAGUUUCCGCAUUUGGUCAUUGAAGUUAUAGUCUUCUGAAAUUUUGAUGAUUCCGAAAAUGGCAGCUCCUAAACUAGCCAUGGUCAUGGCUUUUCUGCUUCUCACAACUUUAGUUGUUAAUGUGUGCGCGAGCAGGGCGGCAAGAAAGGAGUUGGGUGUGGAUCUUGGAGGCAUAGGGGUCGGCAUUGGAGCUGGGAUAGGCCUUGGCUUAGGAGGUGGCGGCGGAUCCGGUUCCGACUCUGGCUCUGGCUCUGGGUCUGGUUCUGGGUCCGGGUCCGGGUCCGGGUCUGGGUCCUGGUCCGGCUCUAGCUCUGGCUCUGGCUCAUGGUCUGGGUCUGGUUCUGGUUCUAGUUCUGGUUCAGGUUCGGGGUCGAGCUCAGAAGCAGGCUCGUAUGCUGGGUCAUAUGCCGGGUCUAGGGCAGGUUCCGGGGCAGACUCCGAAGCAGGAUCAUAUGCCGGGUCCUACACAGGGUCCAGGGCUGGGUCAGGGUCUGGAUCAGGCUCAGGCUCUGGACGUGGUGGAGGAUACGGUUGAGGGUUUGGCAGAGGUGGAGGAUGGGGCUACGGCGAAGGACGUGGAUAUGGAGGAGGAUAUGGGAAGGGAGAUGGAAACUGAACUGGAUGAUAUGUUUCAUCAUGCAUAGCUAACGGUCUUAAUUCGAACUAGACAAUCACUACCACCUUUGUAUGAGAAUAAGUAUCUAAGAUCGACUAAGAACAUCGUCAUUCCGUGUCUGUGUGUGUGUUUUCCCUUUUGGGCUAGAGAUUGUGUGUUUAAAAGAGUGCAGAAGUUGGGUCAACUUUCUAGAGAUGUACUGGGUUGGUUGUUGGAAGGUUUCAUUCUCUUGUAUCCCAAGCAUUUUUCAUUGUUAAGAAUAAUUGAUCGUGUAAUCAUUUGAAAA